AAAAAUGCAAGGAGUCUAUUGCUAUGGACUUGAAGGCAGAAACAUCCGCGUUAUCGGCCGAGGAAGUGGAUCUGAGAAAGAAUAGCUUUUUACAAUUGUGGAGAUGCCAGAAGAUGAAGGAGAGCAUGUGGCAUCAAAAAGCUAGAAAGUCAUGGAUGAAAGAUGGGGAUGCGAACACCAAAUUUUUUCAUAGGUGCGUUAAGGGAAGAAGGAGAAGGAAUGAGAUAGUUAGUAUUCAGGUGGGAGACAAAGUCUCGGAUCAGGUUCAUGAGAUCAAGGAAAAGGUGGCCAAUUAUUUCGAGAAGGAUGAGAAUUCACUAUUGCUAGCUCCGUUCAGUGAAGAGGAGAUAAAGCAAGCGGUAUGGAGUUGCGACUGCUCCAAAGCACCAGGACCUGAUGGUUUUAAUUUUAGGUUCGUAAGAGAAAUGUGGGAGGAAAUCAAGGAUGACAUGAUGGGCUAUGUGGAAGAUUUUUAUAAGCAUGGUAAACUGGUCAGAAGGAUAAACAGUUCAUUCAUCGUGUUGAUCCCCAAAGUGAUAAAUCCCCAAAAAAUUGAGGAAUUCCAUCCCAUAUCCUUGAUCGGGGUGAUGUACAAGGUGAUAGCAAAGCUCCUUGCUAAUAGACUCUGUGCAGUGGUGGACAAAAUAAUUGGAGAAAGCCAAAUGGCGUUUGUUGGAGGAAGACAAAUGGCGGACAGCAUUGUUAUUGCCAACGAAAUAAUUGAUAAAGUAAAGAGAAAGAAGAAAGCUAGUUUUGCAUUUAAAGUAGACUUCGAAAAAGCAUAUGACAAUGUGUGUUGGGAGUUUUUGCAAUACAUGAUGUCAAGAAUGGGUUUUGAACCGAAGUGGAGAAGAUGGAUAGAUGAGUGCUUGAGAACAGCAGAGCUCAUGGGCAUAAGUGUUUCAGAUGAAUGGAAGACAAAGAUGGCUCACAUAUUGAAUUGUAAGCAAGGAGCCUUCCCUUGUAAGUACCUUGGAGUACCAAUAGGAGGCAACGGUAGAAACAUUAAGGUAUGGAAACCUCUAAUCGAGACUUUUAAGAGGAAAUUGUGCUCAUGGAAGGGCAGGUUCUUAUCCCUUGGCGGAAGAAUCACACUUCUCAACUCCGUGCUAUCCAACAUUCCGGUGUACCUCAUGUCAGUGCACUUGCUCCCUAAAGGCGUGAUCCUCAGCCUUGACAAAAUUCGUAGGAACUUUCUAUGGGGGGGUGAGGAGAGGAAGAGAAAAACCAGUUGGGUUUGUUGGGAUACGGUAUGUCAAAGAAAAAUGGAGGGUGGGCUCGGAGUUAAAGAGUUGAGAAGCUUCAAUCUCGCAUUGUUGGGCAAGUGGUGGAGCAGAUUAGCAAGCGGGAAUGAUGGCCUGUUAUAUAGGAUCAUUGAAGGAAAAUAUGGGAGUGUGGACGGCCAUUGGCUUGAGUGGGUUCAAGAGAAUAGCCAUAAGGGAUCUAGUUGGUGGAGGAACAUUUACAAGCUAGACCACAUUGCGCAGAAUAAAAGGGGAUGGCUUAGUGACGGAUUCAAACUUAAGAUGGGAGAAGGGAAUACUGUAAGAUUCUGGAAGGAUAUGUGGACUGGUAACCAACCUUUUGCUGACCAAUUCCCUGCUCUGUUUCAGGUGUCCUCAGGGAAAGAAGAUAGAAUUUGUAAUAUGGGCAAAUGGAGGGAUGGCAAAUGGGAAUGGUCUGUACAGUGGAGAAGAUCACUAUUCGAAUGGGAGAAGAAUAAGUGGUCAGAGCUCCAGGCUUUACUGGAUAUCUCAAAACUAGUACAAGAGCAGAAAGAUCGGUGGGAGUGGAAGCAUGAUAAAGAUGGUGUGUAUGCAGUCAAAACAGCAUACAAUGUGCUCUCAAGCAACAAUGGACAUGGGAAAGCAUGGAUUUACAAAAGGAUAUGGAGCAGAUUAGUCCCAACAAAGAAAUACUUGCCCGGUGUGGCAAAAAUGCUUGCAAUGGUGGGGAUUUCAUCGGUUAUGCCUAAUACAUGCCAUGAAUCUUUUGUGCAACACCAUUCCUAUUUCAAAGAACCAUCAGUGAGAGCAGGGUGGGAUGUGGUCUGGCUAGCAUUCAUAUGGUCUAUAUGGAUGGCAAGGAAUGGAAAGAUUUUUAAGAACUCUGAGUAUGAAGUCAACAGAAUUUUUGAACUUGUUCAACUCAGAGCUUUCAACUGGAUCAAAGGUAAAGCAAAUGGUUAUUCCUUUAACAUGUACGAGUGGAUGAUGGAGCCCGUGUUGUGCGUAAAAGCUAAACGGAAGAAGUAACCCAGACUUGCAAGGACAAAAUGUUUCUGCAGGUAUUUUAUGACUGAACCGUUCUAGACCUCAGCUUGCAGCUGAAUGGUUCCGAUAGGGUCAGGAACAGAGCUGCUGGUUUUUGUCCAGCUAUUGUAAUUUGUUUAAGGGCAGGGUACCCCUUGUACUCCAUGAAAUACAAAUCUUUUUGCUGU